AUGGAAACGGUGUGGACAACCCAGCAUUUGUACUGCAGCAAGGUCUCAAAGUCUGCCUCCGAAGUGGAGGAUUUCUUUAAAUCUCAUACCAAGACCAUCAAGUACAUUGUACUAGUUUUGCUGGGUGCAGGCUAUGUGGCGUAUUUCGUUGCUGCCUGCGUGCUGGACUUUGACAGAGCCCUCGCUCUGGUCAUCCUCACUAGCGUGGCAGUUUUCUUCACCAUCUAUGGACUCAUCAAGCGGUAUAUGGGGGAAAGCAUAUCUAAGUGCUUCAAGCCAGCAGGAAGUUGCUUCAAGUCCAACUUUAGGUGGCUGAAGUGGGUGUUCAUCCUGGUGGUCCUGGGGCUGCUGGUCGCGUGGCUCGUGGUGGACACCUCCAAGCGGCCCGAGCAGCUCAUCUCGUUCGGGGGCGUCUGCAUGUUCGUCAUCCUGCUCUACAUAUUCUCAGCUCACCGGCGGGCGGUGUCAUGGCGGGCUGUGUUUUGGGGACUUGGCUUGCAGUUUAUCAUCGGCCUGUUUGUUAUAAGAACAGAACCAGGUCUUAUAGCCUUCCAGUGGCUUGGAGAUCAAGUUCAGACAUUCUUGAACUACACCUUGGCAGGCUCAGCAUUUGUUUUUGGGGAUAAACUUGUGAAAGAAGCUUUUGCUUUCCAGGCAUUGCCGAUUGUGGUUUUUUUCAGCAGUGUAAUGUCCGUCCUGUAUUACCUGGGGAUAAUGCAGUGGUUGAUUCUUAAGAUUGCGUGGGUCAUGCAGAUUACCAUGGGCACCUCACCCACCGAGACCCUCAGUGUUGCGGGCAACAUAUUCGUCGGGCAGACUGAAGCUCCUCUGCUGAUCCGGCCCUACCUACCGGACAUGACCAAGUCUGAGGUUCACGCUGUCAUGACCGGGGGCUUCGCCACCAUCGCCGGCAGUGUCAUGGGGGCUUAUAUCUCCUUCGGGAUCGAUGCUUCCUCCCUGAUCUCGGCCUCUGUAAUGGCCGCACCGUGUGCCCUUGCCCUUGCCAAGCUUUCCUACCCCGAGACUGAGGAGAGCAAGUUCAAGACUGAGGGAGAAAUCAAAGUGGACAGUGGUGGUGAAAAGAAUCUUCUGGAAGCUGCCAGCAAUGGAGCGUCUGCUUCUAUUGGACUGGUUGCCAACAUUGCUGCUAAUCUGAUCGCCUUCCUUGCAAUCCUGGACUUCAUAAAUGCUGCACUGAGGUGGCUGGGAGGCAUGGUGGGAUAUCCUGACAUCACGUUUCAGAUGAUCUGCUCGUACGUGUUCAUGCCGGUGACAUUCAUGAUGGGCAUCCCCUAUCAGGAGUCCUACAUAGCGGCGGAGCUGAUUGGCACAAAGCUGUUCCUCAACGAAUUCCUGGCCUAUGAGAGGCUCUCUGAGCUGAAGGAGAACAGGCUGAAUGGUUUACCUAUCAUGAAUGGCACAACCUUACAGAGGAUAUCAGUGCGGUCAGAAAACAUCUGCACGUUUGCUCUCUGUGGCUUCGCCAAUUUCAGCUCGCUCGGGAUCAUGAUCGGGGGGCUGUCCUCCAUAUGCCCGUCCAGGAGAGGCGACGUCUCUCAGGUGGUGAUGCGAGCCCUGUUGACCGGUACCUGCGUGUCUCUGCUGAACGCUUGUGUGGCCGGAAUCCUGUUUGUCCCCCCACUUGACUGUGUGGAGGUGUUCAGAAACACAGCCUUCAACGGUACGAUUCCAGAGAUCUCUAACUGCUGCUCAGACCUCUUUAAAAGCACCUCCUGGGACAAUGGAACCGCCAUUUUUGAGGGAACUUGGAGCUCAGUCCAGAACGCCACGUUGUACUUCAACAACUGCUGUGGUCUUUACAACAAUACACUGUGUCAGUAGGCCUUCCUCAUGAUCAUCGCUCAAAAAACUGGGAGAAAAUUUUUGAAUUAAAUUAUUAUAUGAUUUCAGGGUUUUCUACUUUAUAAAAUGUUAUUUUUCUAGCAAUUUUGAUUAAUGAAGGGAUAUCAAAUAUGUUAUAUGAUAUCAGACAUGUUGAAAACACUGAUUUAUGUUUGUAAGUACUCAUGUUCUUAACUUGUGGAGUAGUGCAGGUCACUGACUGUCUCUGAAGAUAAAAAUAUGUUCAGAUUGAAGCAUAUUUGUUGAAAGGCCCAUGAAUUGCUGCAGUUGCAGCCAUC